AUAAAAGCAGUCCGAGGCGGCGGCGUGUCGGUGUGGCUCAGGUGUACUCGGUCAAUACGGCGCACUAAUGGAGGAUACGUUGAAACUUUUCACCUCUGUGGGGCUCAGUGAGCAGAAAGCGAAAGAAACGCUGAGGAAUGACGCGCUCAGUUCUUCCUUCAAAGAAGCAAUAACUCAGGCUCAACGUGUCCAUGGCGCAAGUGGAGUGGACAAAGCCAUGGGUGUACUCCUGUACAGCAUGACUUCUCGUCUCAGAGACCCAAAACGCCUGGUCUUCCUUUCAGACUGCAUUGCUCAACGCAAACUCUGCACAGAGCUGCAGCUGGCAGCUGCUUUGGACUUUGUAAAAAGUCACCCUCAAGACCCCAUCAACCAGAAGGAGUUUGACGAAGCGUGUGGCGUCGGUGUUGUUAUUACCCCGGAACAGAUUGAGGAUGCGGUCGAGGCUGUAAUGAAGAAGCACAAGGAGCAGCUGCUGAAGGAGAGGUACCACUUCAACAUGGGCCUGUUAAUGGCUGAGGCUCGCUCUGCUCUAAAGUGGGCCGAUGGAAAAGUGAUCAAAAAUGAGGUGGACCUUCAGGUUCUGCACCUCUUAGGCCCGAAAACAGAAGCAGACCUGGAAAAGAAAGCCAAACCACAGAAAGCGAAAGUUGUGGAGAAUGAUCUGAAGGUGAAAAAAGAGGUGGCAGUGAAUGGAGAUGUAAAUUCAGUGGAAGGAAAGUCACUAAUGGAGCAGCUUAAGGGAGAAGCAUUGAAAUUCCACAAACCAGGGGAGAAUUUCACAUCUGAGGGUUAUGUUGUCACCCAAAAUACAAUGAAGCUGCUGGCCAAGCACCUGGAGAUCACCGGUGGUCAGAUUCGAACACGUUUUCCUCCUGAGCCCAACGGUAUUCUACACAUUGGCCAUGCCAAAGCAAUCAACUUCAAUUUCGGUUAUGCAAAAGCAAACAAUGGCAUUUGCUUUCUGAGAUACGACGACACAAACCCUGAGAAAGAAGAAGAGAAAUACUUCACGGCCAUCAAGGAUAUGGUAGAAUGGCUGGGCUACAAGCCUUAUGCUAUCACACACGCCUCCGACAACUUCCAGCAGCUGUACGACCUCGCUGUGGAGCUCAUUCGCAGGGGCCAUGCGUACAUUUGUCAUCAGAAGGGUGAAGAGCUGAAGGGCCACAACGCUCCUCCGUCCCCAUGGAGAGACAGAGCCACGGAAGAGUCUCUGGUGCUGUUUGAAAGAAUGAAGAAGGGUCUGUUUGCUGAGGGAGAGGCCACACUCAGGAUGAAGAUGGUGAUGGAGGAUGGGAAGAUGGACCCUGUAGCAUACAGGAUUAAAUACACGCCUCAUCAUCGGACUGGAGAUGAAUGGUGCAUCUACCCUACCUAUGACUUCACCCACUGCCUGUGUGACUCCAUCGAGAACAUCACACACUCACUCUGUACCAAAGAGUUUCAGGCCAGACGAUCGUCCUACUACUGGCUGUGUAAUGCAGUGGAUGUGUACUGCCCCGUGCAGUGGGAAUAUGGCCGCCUGAACCUCACCUACACUGUCGUCUCCAAAAGGAAGAUCAUCAAACUGGUUGAGACGGGUGUUGUCAGGGACUGGGACGAUCCCAGACUCUUCACUCUGACUGCACUGAGGAGAAGAGGCUUCCCACCAGAGGCAAUCAACAACUUCUGUGCACGAGUGGGUGUCACUGUGUCUCAGACAACUACUGAGCCACAUCUUCUGGAGUCGUGUGUGAGGGACGUGCUGAAUGACACAGCUCCUCGAGCCAUGGCCGUGCUGGAGCCGCUCAAAGUCACCAUAACAAACCUUCCUGACAACUUCAAGUCUGACAUUCGAGUACCAAACUUCCCUGCCUCAGAGUCUAAAGGCAGCCACACAGUUCAGCUUACACGCUCCAUCUUCAUUGAGCAGAGCGACUUCAGAGAGGUGAUGGAGAAGGGCUACAAGCGUCUGACAGCAGAGCAGCCUGUGGGCCUGAGGCAUGCUGGAUACGUCAUCUCUGUGCAGAAGGUCAUCAAGGACUCUCAGGGCAAAGUGGUUGAACUUGAAGUGACCUGCACCACCUCCGACACAGCAGAAAGGCCAAAGGCCUUCAUCCACUGGGUCAGCGAGCCUUUGGUGUGUGAAGUGCGUCUCUAUGAAAGACUCUUCCUGCACAAAAACCCAGAGGAUCCAUCUGAGGUUCCCAAAGGCUUCUUGAGUGACAUUAAUCCUAAUUCCCUGCAGGUGAUCAGCAGUGCCUUAGUGGACACCUCGGUGAGAGGAGCGAAGGUUUUUGACAAGUUCCAGUUUGAGAGAGUCGGCUACUUCUCUUUGGACCCUGACAGCACUGCAGACAAACUGGUCUUCAACAGAACAGUCACCCUCAAAGAAGAUCCUGGGAAGAUCUGAAGGAGUUGAAAUCAAGUACAUUCUGCUUCCCAAGAGCCUACAGAAACAUGUCCAGAAUGUUUGCAUCACUCACUGUGCAACAUCAGUGAAGCUGUAGACUGAGACUGAGUCAACUCUGAUACUAUAAUAUGUGUGUCUCUGUGCUGUUCGAGGUAAUUUUUUCUCAUGAGGAUUGCAACGGAAGCGAUCACGGCAACAUCAAUUUGACCGUUCUCAGUCAUGAAAGGCUUUUUUUUUUUUAAUCUGGGUAUUUCUUACAUCAGUUCCUCCACUUUGUUGAAUGUAUGCAAUUUUGAUUGUUCAACAAAGGCCUCCUGUAUAAAUUUUAUAUUUCCCUAAAGCUGGUGUUAUAGUGUACAGAGGCCAAAAAUAACUUUCUUACAGAGAGCAGUGAGUCACUGCGAAACUGUCAUGAUUUUUUUUUUUAAGUCUCUGAGAGGUUCAGGUCUCCUUUAACAUGAUGAAUAAAUACUAAAACAGC